GUCGAAUUCGAAACGACCUCACGUGUUCCUCGAAAGCAGAGAUCCACAGUGCAAGUGUAACGUUCAAACUAGCAUAGACCAAAUCCGAAGAAAUAUCAGAGUGCUCAGAUCCCUCUCACCACAUAAAUUUAUUUUCUUUAGCAAACAAGCUGAAAAAACCAGCAGAGUUAGAAGAAGAAGAAGAAGACAAGAAUGGCUUCACUGUGCACCACGCUUCUCUUUUGUCUCCUCCUCCUCCUAACCUUAUCUUCCCACUUUGUUGCAGAGGCAGAGAGACAUGGUAUACCCGGCUUCCUCUACACUCGGAGCAGAGGCAGAUGCACGGCACAGUUUUGGAGCGGGAGGAGGGAGGCGUGGCCGAGGAUGGUGCCGGAGACAUCGACGGUGUCGAACGUGUUCGGUUCAAGAGUGUACGAACGGUACAGAUCGGAUCUGACAUUGUUGGAAGCAACUGCGAGGAACGACGAGGAGAGUAACCCUUUCGGAGGAUUGGUCAAAGAGGGAACCGCAGCGUUGCUUAACUCUUAUGCCAGAGAGGGUUUCCCUUUCAAGCCUUGGCAGGUUAAGACUUUGCUCAUAAAAGCGCUGGUUUCACACGCUGAAGCUGCUUCUCAAGCCAAUAACUUCUUGUUGGCUAAUCAGGCUUGCUCCUAAAUCCUAAUCUAAUCUCAAGUCAAGAACUUUGUCAUCAUAUAUAUAUAGCAGUAUUGGUAUAUUAUAUAGUAUAUACUCAUGAUGAUGAUCCAGUAAUGUUUUAGUUGUGUUAUUGGGUAAGUCCCACUCGCUUUACCCUUUUUUACAUUGAUCUUUUUGUGCGUUUUUUCUUGGAUAGACUCGAAUCACUACAUUGUGACGUGAUUUUGGAAUAUUGGAAAGGGUGAUUGUUGAUAUGGUGGGAACCCUUGGAAUGGAGGAAAUUAAAUUAGUACUGAUUUUGUAUUUGUGUUCUUCGCCACCAUACUUUUUAAUUUGUCUUUAAUCUUCUUUGUUCUUAUCAGUAGUAUCCAUGCUUGUUGAUGUAUUUAUAAAGUGAUGGGUGGAUUAGCUUUC